UGAACAUGACCUGGAACUGCCCAGGCUGCAGAACUACCACGUAAAUGCCAAGCCUACUAUUGUGGCCAAAGAGGCACAAUCCGACGUGGACAAGGAGGACAUGAUGAUCGAGGUGGAGAAUCUUCAUGCUCCUGGUCGUGAUGCAGAAGAAGAGGGUAGUAGAGCGUCAACAACACUUGAGGAUGUGAACCAGCAAGGUGAAAGGACUCCAGCAAGCUCGGAGCCAGUUGUGUUGAACAACACUCCCCCUGGGAGCUCAGUAAUGAACUCCUUGCUCUACGACUUUUUUGUUGGCAGCUGCCCAAGUUGUUCCGAGGUGAGAGGUGCUGCUGGCGGCAAUUGUAUUUAAGGCUUCCCCUAAUCCAUCCCUGUAGACAUCCCUCAAACAUAUGCGCCCCAAUACAAGGGAGAUACUGACGCUUAUGCUUGAGGGAUUUCUACAGGGAUGAAUAGGGGAGAGCUCUAAUACAUUAUAAAAGUACAAGAAGAUGAGGACAACUACAACAAGGUCAAGAAGCAAGAUCAGCAAGGACAACUUGGCCGAGCUGGCAACCUGAGUCUCUUUGGGCCACGUAUCCGCAUGUUGCGUCCUUCAGGAAGACUAGAGGAAAAUGAGGAGGAGAAAGGAGAGGUAGAGCAGGUCGUUGAGCCUUACAACAAGCAGGAGAAUCAGUGUAUUCCUGGCGCGAACGUGGUUUAUAUUAAUCGCUUGGCCGCGUUGUUCCGAGAUGUGCAGGACGACGUGGAACCUCGUCUGAGACGCGGUGGAAUCUCGUCCAAUCUUGUGGGAUCUAAAAAUUCUUCUCUCGAGAAGAUAAUGCUUCCGAUUCAUGGUGCGAGUACGAGGGAUGAUGAUUGCAUCGAGAAUAUCGAUGGACACCACGACGAGGGAGAUGAUGAAGAUGACAUCGAUCCAGAUGAAGAUCCGGAUAUCAUGGACUUGUUCGAAGACGCAGAAGACUUCUGGGAGGACGAGAAUGAUGACCACCUUUUCGCGUGGGACGAUGACGAUGAUCUCUUUGAGGACGUCGACGAAGCUGCGAUGGACCUCGAUGAUCACGACAAGGCCUUGAAAACCUACGAAGAGUCCUCUGUUUUUGGCGAUCGCAAGGAUCAUCAGAGUGAGUUCUGUUGGCAAAACUGCUCUCCAAUCGCUCUCCAAUCGCUGCGUAGUACAACUCAUGCGCCAUCAUCUUCUAGCACAGCUGUAGGGGCAAACUACGCAGAUCGCGAGACUUUCGAGGAGCUCUUCAUGUCUAAGGUGCGAGAGGAAUCGCAAUGCAAGGACAUUGGUAUGGACCAUGUGAACGAGGACGCGGCAGCUGCUUCUCCAACCUCUUCAAUCAACCAAUACUGCUGGACGAACUGCUCACCGUCAGAAGGGGGAACAUCUAGUGCGCUGUUGUUGAGAAAAGGCUGUCGUGCAGUCCAGGUCGAGGCGCCUUUCUAUGCUUUUGUCUGUGAUAAAGAAGCGUCCACGGUAGAGGGAGAC